AUGACCAAACCCACGCCCGAAAAUUUCACUCAUAGAGUCUCCAGCUUUGAAAGGCCAGUGGCAUCCCCGAUCGAUGUUAUCACUCAAACUCUUCCCUUGCUCGACAAGCACCAAGCUCAAUGGUGGGAACACGCGGGGCCACGCUGGGCACGCUUCCUUGAGGUAGCCAGAUAUGGUAUUCACGAGCAGUACCAGUAUCUGCUCUUUUUACAUCAGCAUAUACUUCCUGCUCUUGGACCCUAUCAAGGGCAGUACAAGAGCAUGUUGACGCCCGCAGGUAUGCCCCUCGAGUUUAGCCUCAACUUUAGGGGGAAUUCAAGCGAAUCCACCGCUCGAGUUGCUAUAGAACCUAUAAGCGCUCUUUCAGGCACCGAGAAAGAUCCAUACAGCAAAGCCACGGGCAUUGCCUUUGUUGAUCACCUGGGAAGCCUUGGCAUAGCGGGAUUCGACACUCAGAUUUUUGGCGUGAUCUCAAAAGCAAUUUGUCCCCCAAAUGAUCAAUCAAACCAUCCGAGUUUGGACAAUUUCUGGAAAUCCAGUUACAUGUUGGGCUUUGACACCGCUGGUGGCAAGGUCUCAACUAAGGCAUACGCGGUUCUUGCAGCAAUGCAUCUGACCACAUUGCGUUCCAUCGAAGACAUCGUCACUGAGCCACUGACGCAGAUCGGUCAAAUGAUGGGCUGCUCUGAUGCCGUCGCCCUGACACACCAGUACUUGAUGGAGAGUUCCAGCUACGCCGCCGACAGUCUGAUCUCUUGGGAUAUGACUGAUCCACCAAAGUCUCGCUUGAAGUUGUACAGUUACACUUCUGAAUUGGUGCUGGGGCGAGUCGAGGGCAUCUGGACGCUUGGAGGCCGCCUGAAGAAUGAUCCGGUCGUCUCCAAGGGUUUGGACCUAUCUGUUCAAUUAUGGGAGAUUCUGGGAAUGAAGGAUCGUCCGCCUUCUUUGCAUGACACACCAGAAAGCCCGGAAAACUUGCCGUUGCAAUGGAACUACGAGAUCCAGGCUGGGAAGCCAUACCCCGCCACCAAGAUCUAUUACCCACUGGUUGGAAUGAAUGAUCUCGAUAUAUCAAAGAGAAUCUCUAAGUUCUUUGACUUCCUUGGUUGGCCAGAGCGUGCGCAAUCAUAUGUUUCGAAUGUCGAGAAACUCUACCCUGGUUACGAUUUGAGUCAAACCAAUUAUCUUCAUACGUGGAUUUCACUCACGUACUCGGAAAAAUCAGGGCCUUACUGCAGUGUUUACUAUCAAACACUGAGUUUCUAA